GCAGCCGGGAGAGACAUAGCGGGGCGGACGGUAGAGGACGAGAGGGUAGGCGGGAUCUUUUCACUGGCGACGCGCCACGGCGAGGACCGCCAGUGUGUUUUGGAUGCAAGGUGAUUGGGCACUACAGGUCCGAUUGUUGGCGCUUCUGGACAGACCCAGCUACACGCCGACAAAUGGAAGCGGACGGGUAUACUUGCCCUCCGGAAUUUAGUAGAGGCGGGAGAUCGGCUUCACCACCAAGGGUGCGAAUGCCAGCCAUGAGCGACCAACCUGCAGCGCACGACCGGAUCGACGAGAUGGGCCGUAGUGUGGCCUCUUUGCAAGAGUACGUAGAGAUGGAGCGGGCGCGGCGUAUGGAAUGGGAACAUCGUCGGCGCGAGCGUGAGGAAGCUCGUCGGGCAGAAGAAGAAGCUCGUCGGGCGGAGGAGGAGCGACUGGCAAGAAAAGCAGAAAAGCAACGUAAACAAGAAGAAGAGAAGAUGGCGAUGGCGAAGGUGGUAGAGUUGCAGCUCUCCCUGCGACUUGGGGGGAUCUGUGAAGACAUUCGCGCUGAAGUUCGUCAGGCGGUUACCGCCACCGUUGCAAGGAACCCAGCGAGCAUGAUUACCGAGCAGCCGGCGAAAGGUAAGGAGAAGGCUGCCGAGGAUGUGCCCUCUUCCUCGGGACUGCAAGCGAAGUCGAGGUUAUCACCGAAGGCACCGAGCAGCUCAUUAUCCAGGAUAAGCGGAAGAGGGCCAGCAAGAGAUUUGGUGAUGGAGCGGAUGGUCUACCUAGACCAAACAAGGCGGGACCUAUCCAAAUUGGACUACGACCGUCUCAGAGCCAUCUGCCGCAAUGAGGACGUGAACUACACGACGAAGGUGCAAUCAAUUUUCGACAUCGCUGAUCGACGCGCUUUGCUUAGAUACGGUGAAGCGCUGCCUGAACCAGAACCAUUCGUCAACCUUGAUAAUGUCGACAGGCACUCAAGCCCCGAAGGUUCCGGCGACGAGGUGCGAGGUCACGUGCGUUUCAGGCUGCGUGAGAUGUCAGGACUGUCCCUGCAGCUCGUUAAUGCCAAUAACGUGCCGAAAGCACAACGGAAUGAUAGACUGGUGAUGUUGGGAUCAGAGAUCAGUGAUGCUUUCAAUCGGUGGACAAAUGCUAAGGGGCAGUCUGUCUCGUGCUCCCUUCAAGAGUUGAGUGGUUGUAUGACAGCUUGUAGAAUGUUGAUAAGUGGUGGCCUGGAUCGGAGGGAGGUGUUUGCCUUAAAAACGCGUCUUGACGGUCUGGUUCUUACGCCACUCGAUAGGAACCCCAGCGAGAUACUGGUUAUUGGCCCGUUGUUGUACUAUGAGGGUAUGAUGUCGUUGUUCAUCCGGAAUGAAGGUUACGUCCCGGUCGAAGGAAAAGUUGUCACCGUACUUGAGGCGAUGAAAGCCGAUUUGCAAUUGGAUGGCUUGACGGAGUUUGCGUGCUGGGAUAAGAAGGGUCCCACGCUGGUUGUGGCGACGAUGAAGCCCCCGUGCGUUGAAGAAGGCGACGGUCGCGAUCAUGGUGACGAUGGCAAUGAUGGCGACGAAGGCCACGAAGGCGGUGAGGAUGACGACGAUGACGUCGGAACGCGCAGAGAAGGCGGCGUCGAGUGGGCUUCGUAGCGUGCGCACAACAGAGGCGGCACAAGCUCCAAUGCU